GUAACAAGUUCCCAUAUCUAAUCUUGAUCAUUCAGUACUUCUUGACUUUAGACGACGUAAUUCACGACUUCAAACACUUCUUAACAUCCUUUCAUGGAGAAUCUACAGGGCCUGUCACCACAAAAUCAAAAUGCAUCAGCAGAAGAGGAGUCAAAGCGGAAGGUAGCUGAAGAUGAAAUGCGCAGGGAUAUGAUGGCGACCAUCCUCGACAGUGCUGCCCGAGAGCGAUUGUCCCGCAUCGCUCUCGUGAGCCCCGAGAGAUCACGGCAAAUUGAGACCAUCAUCAUGCGAAUGGCUCAGUCAGGACAGCUGCGGGAACGGGUGAGCGAGAAGCAGUUGAUCGACCUCCUUGAUCAGAUGGAGGAUGCACGGUCCAAGUCAACUACGAAGACCACGAUAGUGUACCAGCGCAGGCGAGACUUUGACGAUGAUGAUGAUUUUUAGAUGCUUCAUCGAUGUACUUGAGCUCGUUGCUUUGAUAUCGCGAUAUCAUAUCAUUCAUUAUCAUUCCUCAUACUCCUCAAUUGAAUGGCAACAUGUAUCACUUUAUUCCUGUCAGUGGUGCCCUGCCCCCGUCACCUCAAAUUCAGGAAUACUCAUCGUUAGUCUGCCUCGGCUGUUAUGACUUCGUCUCGGACAGGAGCACAAACUGGACCUUUCUGUUGCGCCAGCAAUAUGUAUGCU